AUGGCAAGAAAGGCUGCUAAAAAGUCAACCGCGCCGAUCAAGCGAUGCGGCAAUGCUGGCCGAGUUGAAAAGCCCCGUGCCGACGUCAACGAAACCAUUUUGGACUCUCCAGAUGCCCUUCCGCCGAUGGUCGAUGAUGAACCUCGCCGCUUUCGCCGCCAUCUCGAUUUCGAUGCCCCACCUCAAGAUGUUGGCUCUGAUGAAACUAUUUUAGUUUCAGGCAAUGUCGACGGGGACGAAACGCUGAUCGACAUGGAUGCUUGCCUUGACGAAGACGCCAUACUCCACACCCAGGCUCUUCUCAACGACGCCGAGGAAGAGGAACGCGAAACUCAAACCGAGUUCGCAGCUGGCGUUACUGCCAAUCAACGGCGCGAGGGCAACUUCCUCGAAGAGUCCCGCUUCCACCGACCUGGCGACAACCCGGAGCGAGACGAAUUCUACCAUCGAAUCGACGAUAUUGCGUCUGUUUCGAUUGCUGGCUCCGAGGUCGCCGAUCCCGAACUGUCCAAGCGAAAAGCCACUCAGGUCGAUGUCACUUAUGGGGUCUUUUCAAAAGAUCCUGAAAAGGCCAACACCGAAGUCCUUCGCUACAAGGACUGGAAAAACAACACGGCCACUCGCUGGCUUUUCGCUCCGAUCAGUAACCGCAUGGGUCGCACGACCUAUGGUUACAUGCACUACGAUAGUUGCAUUAAUCGAGUGCCCGACAAGCUCACCCGAGCCGUCAACAUCUUGGAACAAGUGAUGGCGAACAGAAACAAGGAGUUAGCGGCGCUUAUUGCGGAACUCGAGUUCCAAGAAACCGCCGUUUUCAUGGAGACGACCGAGUUCAUCUUCUCCCUCAAAAAUGGCGAAUAUGGACAUGCGCGGGUUUCUGACUCCCCUCUUCGAGUCACUGGACGACGGCCUGACGAUUUGCCCCCUCUCUUCAAGGUCAAGAAGACUGGUGCUCCUGCUUUUCAAUAA